GAAAAGUUGUUGAUAUUCUCGUCAAUUUCGACGUACAGUUGGUAUAACAGCCGAUUUGGCGCGUUGUUUGUCACUCAAUUUGGAGGUGUGCAAUUUUAUUUCAGUAAGCAAAGCAUACAGCAUGACGUCGUGGUCAACGGGCUCUAACGUAUUUGUGGCCAUACCUGAAAAGGGUGACUUGGCCGCCGGCAAAGUGCUGAAGGAAAACAAGAGCGGCACAGUACGUAUUCAGCUGGACGAUGGCACCAAAAUCACUGUCGGGCCAGAAGAUGUCUUCGAAAACCCGAACAAGACCCCCAAGGGUCGCCAGCGCUCUCGCUCCCCUGCCCGCAAAAGCACCGGAGGCCGUGGCCGCAGUCCCGGCAGGCCCAAAAGUCCUGCUAGGGCUGCUUCUACAGGCCGGAAGCGAUCAACCAGCAAAGGCCGCAAAGCUAACACCACCCCCAAGACCAAGGAAGAGAAGCCUGAAAAGACCUCAACUGCCAAGAAGACUGUUGAGAAGAAAAAAGAAGAGCCAGUGAGCUCUCCCUCCAUGACUCUGCGUGUUCGACGCUGGAACAAAGAUGACAACAUCGACUCUGACACUGAAGAGUCCAAGAAUACGGAGAAAGAAAAAGAAAAGGAGACAGAAGGCCCAAAGGUCGUCCUUGAAUAUGGUGGAGCUAUUGGAAUUAUUGUGCUUCUCCUGAUCAUUAUUGGAGUCACCUUUGGCACGCAAAUGAUAUUCCGAUCUGUAGCCAUGCCCCCAAAGUCCUCAAAUGCCACAGUGCCUCAGGGCACCUUUAACCUGAAAGGCCAGGACUGGCGCGCACUUGUUGCUGAGUGGCCCAAGUGGGACUGGCUGUUGGCUGGCCAGCUGGUGGCCUUCUGGUUCGUGCAAGUAAUCUUGGCCUUGCUGCCGAUUGGCCCUACUGAAAACGCCCUGCCUGGCUCAACUGGGCCUCGCAUAUACCGCCGUAAUGGCUUAAUCGCAGUCUUCGUUACCUUUGGUGCUCUCUUGGCUCACCGCCGCUACCAGGGCUACGGCAUGACAGAGGCUCAAAUUCUGACCGCGUUACCUAUUUGGGCAGCAACGUCAGUCGUUGCUGGCUUACUGCUUGGCAUUUACUUAUACUGGAAAGGAUCCCGCGCGCCUGUCUCUCUGCAGAACCCUGCCACUGUUGCCACAAGCAAGGUUUACUCGUUUUUCAUGGGCAAGCAGAUCAACCCUGCUAUUGGAAAUCUGCACCUGAAGAUGGUUCUCCUGAGGAUUGGAAUCUUGGAGUCUCUGUUGCUGAAUCUUCUGAUAUUCCUCAAUCUGGAGCCAUAUGGUAACAACCAGCUGGCUGCCCUUGUGAUGCCGUCUAUCUACUGUCUUGAUGCGAUUGCUUUUGAGCACAACAUGCUGACAUCUUUGGCAGUUCAAGCUGAAGGAUUGGGUGCCAUGGCCUCAGUCGGAAUGCUCCUCUACCCCUUCCUUGCUGUUAACUUGCCUCUCUACGCCGUUAUUGCCAAUGUUGAAAUGAACAAUUACGUAAUUGGUUUCAUCGUCUUAAUUUAUACCUCUGGACUCCUUAUCAACCGUAUGAGCUGCAACCAGAAACACUGUUUCCGUAAGAACCCGAUGGACCCUGCUGUGUCUCACCUGGAAACCCUGCCCACUGCUAGAGGAAAGAAGCUGUUAGUGUCUGGCUGGUGGGGGGUGCUGCGUCACCCUAACUAUUUUGGUGACAUAUUGGUACAUUGUACAUUCGGCUUGAUUUCUGGACAUGAAUAUAUUCUGCCUUGGUUCUUGCCAAUCUUCACGACCCUAAUACUACUCUUGCGCGUCAGCCAAGACCACCGCCACUGCCAGGCUAAGUAUGGAGAUGCGUGGUCGCGUUACUGCGAAAGGGUCAAGUAUCGUGUGCUGCCAAAGAUCUACUGAUCUUGCCAGAUCUCAUGAACUGAAAUUGUAUGAAUCGAUUUAGCAAUUGCACAAAGUGUUUUGGCCUCUCUACAGUUUUAUGUAAAAAAACAAUGAGUACAAAUAUUGCCUGUUCGGAAGCCCAGACGCAACGCUUCCUGCGCUAUAGCACGCCAUUUUUGUAAGGACUUUUGUGUUUGUGUGUCCAAUUUUUAUAUAGAAUCUUAACAGGAAAGGAUGAUAGUAACAUAACAGAGCAAUAUGGAGUGUUUGAACUCAUUUGAUUUUAAGUCAAGCAGUUGGAUCUGCGCAACAAUCAUGAAUCAUGAGGUUAUUGUGUAAAAAUGGUCAAUAGGCUUAGCCAGUAACUUCCAACGAGAUUGCGGGCAUUUUUAUAUAUUACUUUAAUACAUUUUGUAUGGUUCAACCUCCGAGGAAAUUUUGUCAAAUUCAUCGAACGCUUGGUAUUUUUGGAAAAAAAACUAGUAUCAUGUACACCCUAUUAAAAAAGGAUGAGGAAUUUAA